AACGAGCUGUCAUUCCCGCACGGCUCUUUCAUUCAUUAGGAUUGUAGUUACCUAACCAUUCGAUUCGCCGGACGUGUUUGUUAUUUGCCUGAAUGUUGCGAAAUUCACCUUCGAUGUAGUGUCUUACAUUUGAUUUUUAGGCAGUAUUUUUCUUUACAUUGUUUACGGUAAGUUGCAGAAAGUGUGCUGAAAUAUGUCUCGGGCUCAGGAUGCAUUGGCGUUGCUGCGUGCCCUGAAAAUGGUAGCAGAAGCAUCUGGCAAAUCGCAAAGCGAAUAUGCCCGUCAUCUGUGGGCCAAUUCAAGCAUUCGAGAACUACUCGAGCAGCAGUUGAAAGAAGGCGAAAUCACCGCAAAGAAGAUUCUUCAGAAUCCGAACGGAGAACUGGAGAAGGCCGCAGGACUGCUAAAGGAAACUCUGGAACGGUCGGCCGUAGUGGCGGAAGGAUUGAAACAGUUGGCUGCCAUGUCGCUGCCAAAAGUGAGCCCUGGCGGAUUAGGAGGAAUGGCUGGACCAAUGGGAUUUACUGGCGGGUUUAACCAGCAUGUACAUACGGAGGGUCAAUCGGCAUCAACGGAACGAACUUCUGAUAUCGGAAAUUUAGACAUAUCCCAGAUAACUCUCAAAGAGUUAGAGACUAUUCUUUCCGAGCGCAACAAAAAUCGCCAAGUAAAUUUAUCUCUUGAUAAAAAUCAACGCAGCCCAUCGGAACCAAAAAAGGUUCAGGACUUUGCAGACCAUCCACAGCAAACCGUGUCUGAGGUGAAACCACCUUCAUCCAGAACCAAAGAUGAAGAACAAGUAGCCAGUAUGAUCAAUCUUGUAGCAUCCUACAAACCGAACGUAGCUAGUCAUCCUCCUGUGCCACCCGUGCCCAUUGAACUACCUCAACUCAGCAAGGUGGCCAAGCAACGCAAAGUUCCGUCAUCCCGCGUGGCGCGACUCGCCUCCUUCGGGGGCCUAUUCGCCGGGCUGGGCCUCGGCACCGUAAGCGAACUUACCAAGGGCGCUUUAGGGCUGGGAGGCACCACCGACCCGAAAGAGGCUCUGUUCAGUCCCAACAAUGCCGAGCGAAUCGUGGACACGCUUUGCAAAGUACGCGGUGCAGCUCUCAAGCUGGGCCAGAUUCUUAGCAUCCAGGAUUCGAAUGUGGUGUCGCCGCAGCUGGUGAAUGCUUUUGAGCGGGUACGGCAGGCUGCAGAUUACAUGCCCGACUGGCAGGUGGAAAAGCAGCUGAUCAACGAACUGGGAGCGGAGUGGAGACAAAAACUGGAUCGCUUUGAUCAGAAGCCUUUCGCAGCGGCUUCCAUUGGACAGGUCCAUAGGGGAGUGCUGCACGAUGGAACCGAAGUUGCCAUCAAGAUUCAAUAUCCGGGAGUGGCCAAAAGUAUUGAGAGUGACAUCGACAAUUUGGUUUCGAUGCUGAAAGUAUGGGACGUUUUUCCAGCGGGAAUUUUCAUCGAUAAUGUGGUUGCCGUGGCGAAACGGGAAUUAGCUUGGGAGGUUGAUUACGUAAGGGAGGCGGAGUAUACGGAACGAUUCGGCGAGAUGAUUCAACAUAUGCCGGAGUUCCGGGUACCGAAGGUAAUCAAGAGCUUGACGUCGAAAAACAUACUUACGACCGAAUUGGUGCCCGGUGUUCCCAUGGACAAAUGCUUUCAUUUGAGUCAGGACCACCGAAACCACAUUGCGAAGUCUAUCAUGAAAUUAUGCCUAAACGAGCUAUUCACUUUCCGUUGUAUGCAAACGGAUCCGAAUUGGUCCAACUUUCUAUAUGAUGUCAAGAGUAGACAGAUCAUGCUUAUAGAUUUUGGAGCCACGCGAUUCUACCAAAAGCCGUUCAUGGAUGACUACAUGAGGGUUAUUGAAGCCGCCACCCGAAACGAUCGUAAACGGAUUUCGGAGUUAUCGCGCCAAAUGGGCUUCCUCACCGGGUACGAGUCGGCUACCAUGGAAAACGCCCACAUCGAUGCCGUACUGAUUUUGGGCGAAGUCUUCAGCGUCGACGGUGAGUUCGAAUUCGGACGACAAAGCACAACCAAGAAGAUUGCCGCGCUUGUUCCAGUGAUGGUUGCCCACCGGCUGUGUCCUCCGCCCGAGGAAAUCUACUCCCUGCACCGGAAGCUUUCGGGUGUGUUUUUGCUGUGCGCAAGAAUGAACGCCAAAAUCGAUUGCAAACCGUUGUUCCUCGAGGUGCAGCAGAACUACAAGUUUGGAUGAGUUUCCAAAUAAAGAGGUUUUAUUGGCAUAAUUAUUUUGAUAAUGUCGCUAGCAAUCAAUCAUUUUCUAAUGCUCGUUUGUCAUACAUA